GGCCCAACUCUUCGACAACUCACCAUCACGAGGCUGCAGGAAACCAUCUUCCGAAUCCAGCCUCGCAUAAUAGAGAUCCGGCUACACCGUCGCAUCUGGUAUCUUGCUGCUCUUGCACACACUCCCUCUCUAUAUCAACACAGCGCCUUCCCCACUACCGACUCCCCAGCCCCCCCCCCCUCUCAAACCAUGACGGCCCUCCCCGAAGGCUGGGAGUUCGACUAUGACGGUAGCCGAUGGUUCUACCGCUAUAAGGCCAACGGCCACGUCCAAUUCCAUUUCCCUGCCGACGGGGACGAGUUUCCUGACUUUGUCGCCUCCGAUGGCCCCGCCGACCUUGCCCCGGAGGAGAAGCUAGUGAGCCAACAACAGAUCAAGAGGAAGAUCCCUCCCGGCGGAAAUGAGCAAAGGCCCGGCGCCAAACCCGUCAUGCGGGCGACCGCUGGUCCCAUGGGCGAUAUAGAACAUCUCGGCGCAGACGACGACCAAGACGAUGGGGGUGGGUUUUACUAUCAGCCCGAGAGCUUCAUGUUUCUUGGCCCUGGCGCCUACCAGGACGUUAGUCCUAUGGGCGAGGAAGAGGAUCGUCCACCAUUCGGGCAGCGAGCGGAGAAAGACAAGGAUCAAAACCCAACAGAGGAAGAGAAGGCGGGCGAGAGUCGAGCAGAUGUUCAGACGAGGGCCGAGGACCGGAAGGAUACUGGCGAUAAGUCCAAAGUGUCCCCUAUCCACAGCGAAGCCACGACGCCUUCCGUCGUGAACAGCGAGAUCGUCAGAGCAGCCCAGGUGGCGCCGGAUUCGUCCGAGGCGGGGACUGAGGCUGAGGCUGAGGCUGAGGCUGAGGCUGAGACUCCCUCCGCCAUCGCUCCCCUCCUCGAUUCGCGCGAACUUCCCCACGAGCUUCCCCACGAGCUUCCCCACGAGCUUCCUGCCGAGCCAUGCUGGAAUCCAGUCGGAACCGUGGCUGAAAUGCCGACCGACCAGACACCCUUAUCCCGUAGCGAGACACACCCCGAACCUGUCGAGAUAGGUGACAACUACUUUUUGGCACCCAUAGAAACACUGGAAGUCGGUAUUGCUGAGCUCCCCGAGCAGACCACCCCCGUGGAUCGAAGGGAUUUCAAGCCAGGCAACGACGACCUGCAGCAGACCAGCAUGUCUGGCGACGUCCUUUACAAAGCCACCUUUGGCACCCAAUCUAGGCCAUCGUCAAAUAGGAACACACCGCAACUGCCGUCGCAAGCCAAAUUCGAACCACCUCCAUAUGAACCCCAGCGUGCUGCGACCCAGCCGCCAGAGGAUAGGCAGGAGGAGCGAUCUCGGAGCGAGUCGCCUUCGAAGACCGCCACCAAGGCCGCCAAUACGAACACGCCCACUAAUGCGCGCCCGCAAGCCGGCGCAUACCAGCCUUUUGUGCCCGGUGCUACUCCCGGCGCCGCCACUGGCAGGGCCCCUGCUCAUCCCUCCAAGACGCAUCGUAACUCCCUCGUACGGGAGGCAUCGUUGAUGAUAUCUUCGAGCGCGCCGCCGAACCUUGACCGUCACAGCAUUCCAGCCGCACUUCAACCGCCUCAGCUACCCCGAAAGAAAUCCAGCGGUCCUCCAUCAUCCGCACCGGGCCAUGCUCCCCAAAUACAGCAAGCCGAGGAAUCGAAUCGACUGCUGCCCGGGACUGACUCCGAUCAGGAGAGCCACGACAAUGCCAGCCAGAGCCCGUUAACCCAUGUUCCUUCGGUGCUCAAACCAGCCCGAGGUCGCAUGCCCGAUUCUGCUCAACAGGUAAACCAUCGUCAUCCCCACCAACAGGCCCCUCACCAGCAGACCAAGUUUGUUGCGCCGCCACGGCUAUACCACGAUGCCUCUCGCCAACUGCAGAGAAAGGAGCCCCAGCACCCCGGCCACCCAGGACAACCCCUUACGAGGGCGCAAACCGACUUCCCUUCGAGCGGGCAACCGUACACCGCGUCGCAUUCGGCCCAGCCGGCCCUGGGAUCCCGGCCGGGUGUUCAAAGAGUUCAGACAGAACCUCCUCAACGUCCUGCCACCACCCAAACGCCAGGGGUGGUGAGCUCGCCACAUACCUCGAUGACCUCGCAUACUCGAGAUCAACACCCGAGACCCGUGCAGUCCCAGCGGUCUCGGUCUGACACGGCUCAGAGCGCGUCUUCUGUUGCAUCACUGCCUAACCCAGAGCUGUCGAGACAGGUAUCCUUCGCAGCCAGCGACGUUUCCUCUCUCGGGCCGGUUAGUAGUAAAUCCUCCAGCCAGCCUCUGCGGACACCGUCCCCGCUUGAAUCGCCGCCAACCUUCCCCAACCUGAACGCUUCUGUCCGAGACCCCACUCCCCGUCGAUAUUCUAUGCCUACCGAACAUUUGAUAGAUCAAGCCAAACAACAUAUUGUUCCUUCUGCCCAGCAGGACUCUGAGCAGCCUGCCGAGGAGUCUAAUGGGGCUCAUGGUCAGGCAGGAGGUCAGGCAGGAGGUCAGGCCGCGAGGCAAGACGCCGGUCAACAGAAUGAGACAUCGGGUGGAAUGCCUGGACCGCCGCAACGACCCGUCGCGACACCACCCACGGAACAAGCCCGCCGAGCUAGUAUUUCCGCACCGCCCGCAGCAGCGGGGCAUCUCCUUCACCCCAUCCAGGAAGACCCGGAAGGCGAUUAUACACCUCGGCAAUCUCCACAUUCCGGACCACCCGGUGUGCAGCCGCAAUCGUCUCUCAAUCCGCCUCGGCCUGGACAGCUUGGUCGCGCCACGACCGUAUCUUCAGACAUGCGGCAGCACCAGUAUUCCUCUCAAGGGGGACCCGGCGCUCCAGCUGGCAUGGCGCCGCCUGGACACAUGCUUGGGGGAGGGGUGCCGGUCCAGGCUCCGGUCCGGGCUCCCACGCAUCCGCAGCAGAAAUUCCAAUCGAUUGCGCAGGAAGGUCCCGGCGCAGAGAAAGAGAAGAAGGAGAAAGGCGGUUGGUUCUCCAAGCUUAAGAAGUCUUCUAGUAAGACGGGCGUUUUGCAGAAGCAAUCUCCGACGCCAGUGCAGCAGCAGCAGCAGCCGCAGCCGCAGCAACAUCAGCCUGCACCAUCGGGGUGGUCUCAGUACCCGCAACAUCCCCAGCAACCUCAACAUCCCCAGCAUCCCCAGCAUCCCCAGCAUCCCCAGCAUCCCCAGUACCUACAACACCUGCAGUACGCACAGCAUCCGCAACAUCCGUAUCCCGUACCGUUUCCUGCACCAGCAAGCCAGCAGCAGUGGAGGCUGUCACCUCAACCCCAGAUUCCUGCUGGCGUGCAGGCUCAAGGAGUCCCUCCCCAGACUGUGCAUCCCGGAGUACCUCGGACCAUUGCUGCGGAGACCCCGAUGCCACAGCUAGCAGCACCAACACAGGGGCCGACGCAGGGACCGACAUAUUCCGUAACCGAAACCUCUUCCCUCCCUCUCCGCUCUUCGUCCUCGGCCGGACCAGGUUUCAACCCAGACAAGCCUAAUGGGAAACAAGCCGGUUUGCCAGAAGCCGAGCCCCCAGCCGCGCCUCACACAACAGAGCUGAACCGUCAAGCAUCGACAGCAUCUACGUACGCCGCCUCGGUCAUGACUGUGGAACUUUCCGAAGCCCGCGCCCGGCCCGUUCUGCGACCGCAGCUCGUCACUAUUGUUCACAGAGCAGGUGGUCCCGCUGCCGCUCCGUCGGCCUCUGCCGCCGCCUCUACUGCAACCCCCGCUGCUCCUCCCGGCACGGCUUCGACGGCUGCCGCUCCACAAAAUCUCAGGUCGCCCAUGGACGAGGAGGUUAUGGUUCCCCCGCUCUUCUCGUCGAGGCAGAGACCUGCCCAGAGCGCGGAGUCGUCGGCGCGAGCUUCCAUGGAGAAUAGGCCGCCGUCGAGGGAGCAGGCUGUCCCUAUGAGCGACCCCAGCAUUAACAAAUGGGCGAAGCGGCCGGCGGCGGACUACUCGGGCGGGGGCUGGGGUGAUGAUGAGUGGGGGGAGUACCGCUGACGAAAUCCGAAUUUCUUGCAUCUUGAGUUCAUGCACAUCUAGCGAUUUUUUUUCUGCACUACACUGGCGAUGGCUUUGUUUCUUUUGCGUAUUUUAUAUACCAUGGCGCGUCUCUCGUCUUUGUCGAUAAUACCAUUCUGCUCGGACGGUUCGUUAGGAAAUACAUGAUCCAAUCAAGAGUUUUAAGGACCCGUUGCGAUUCCUGACGAGCAAAGGAGGAUGGUGAUGCCCUCGGUUGC